AUAAAUAAAUAAAAAUAAAAAGCAACUCUAACCACCAAUGAAUUUUUCUACUUUCUCUUUUCACAGACGGUGUCAAGUAACAGGUUGGAUCACAAGUGUGUGGGUAUGUGAAAAUGCCAAACCUCACGCUGUCUCCUUACUUUAACCUCACCAUGUUCAUGAACAUCGGCCCAUACCGCUACCUGGCUUUGGCCUCAUGCCUCCUCCUCUACCUCUUCAUCGUGUGCGCUAACUGGGCCAUCUUGCUGACCAUCUUCCGCGAGAAGACCCUUCAUGAGCCCAUGUACAUAUUUAUCGCCUGCUUGGCCUUCAACGCCCUGUGCGGCUCCACGGGCUUCUUCCCCCGUUUCUUGCACGACCUGGCGUCCAACACGCACCUGAUCUCGCGGGCCGCCUGCUUCACGCAGAUCUACUUCAUCUACACAUACGGCGGCAACGAGAUGACCACGCUGUGCGUCAUGGCCUAUGACCGCUUCCUGGCCGUGUGCCACCCGUUGCACUACCACAACAGGAUGACGGUGAAAAAGGCCCUGACCCUGGUCGGUCUGGCCUGGCUCUUCCCUAUCUCCGUCAUCAUCAUAGCCAUCUCCCGGGCCACCGCGUUGCCCCUGUGCGGCAACAAGAUCCAGAAGGUGUUCUGCACCAACUGGAAUAUAGUCAAGCUGUCAUGCGUGGCCACCGAUCUCAACAAUGGUUUGAGCAUGUUUGUGACCAUCUGUAUCAUUUUCCUCCCGUUGGUCUUCAUCCUCUACACGUACACGCGCAUCAUGAACGCCGCCUGGAGAGGCUCAGCAAAAUUCAAGGGGAGAGUAUUCCAGAGCUGUUUGCCACACAUGGUCUCCUUUGUCAUUUUUUCCAUCGCCCUAUUUUGUGAUCUCGCCCUGAGCAGGUACAAUGCGGAGGAGAUGAACCCCUUUGUGGCCAUAAUUUUAUCUCUGGAGUUUGUGAUUAUUCCACCAAUUCUCAACCCGCUGGUAUACGGUAUGAAGCUGCCGGAUAUACGCAGACACAUCUUGAAGAUCCUGUGAGAUCGUGAUAGCCAGUGGUGUGGUUAGGGCAAAUUUAGGGGUGUGUCAGCAGCCCUAAAAUAGCCUUAAGCCCUAUAAAUAAGUACUAAAUGAAGAGUUGAACACACUAACUACUUGCCAGUGUCAGAAGCUUUUCAACUACGGUGGUGAUCACAUAAUUGUCUCCACAAGAACUCGAAAUGCAUCUCCUCUGUUUAAAAGUUUAAAGGGAAGGAGGGAAGUUGUUCUUUGUAUAUUUGACAAAAUGAGCAUCUCGUUUUGUAAUUAUCCACUUUGUAUCCUUUCAUCCACUACAUUUUUAAGGUAGCAGGUUCGAUUGACUUGAAUUUGAUUACGUUUUAUGACAUUGUAUUGAAGAAAAUGUGACUUUUAUUGUCUAUUUUCACAGCCAGCUUUAAGUCCUUGUGGGGUUU